AUGGGAAGACGCUGGGCCGUCAAGCUUUUGGGUGGUUCCCUCGCGGGCCUUACCGGCACGUACGUCGCGGUGCGUCGUGAGCAUGAACGCUGCGCUAUGCCGAAAGGCACGAAGUACAGCGUGCCUUCGACGCUGAAAUCGCGUUCCACCAUGGCGCGAGCGCUUCGCGAAGAGGAGUUCGACGUGCUCGUGAUUGGCGGUGGCUGCACAGGCAGCGCGGUUGCGCUGGAUUGCGCCACUCGCGGCCUGAAAUGCGCUCUGGUGGAGGCUGAAGACUUCGCUUCCGGUACUUCCUCUAAAAGUACGAAGUUGCUGCACGGUGGUAUUCGCUACCUGGAGAGUGCUCUGCUCCGGUUGGAUAUCAAGGAGCUGCAAUUCGUAUGGAAGGCGCUGGAAGAGCGCGCGCAUUUGAUAUUUGCGGCGCCCUUCGCAAACCCGCCAAUUCCGAUCGUUCUUCCCAUCUACCAGUUGUGGCAGAUUCCCUACUUCUGGUUCAACAUCAAGGUGUACGAGCUCUUGGCACGUUUCUUCUGCUGCAACGAGACUGGAGUGCCGUCAUCCUUCUACACGGGCAAGGCCAACACUUUGGACUACUUCCCUCCUCUUCGUGCUGAAGGUUUACUCGGAUCCGUCGUUUACUAUGACGGUCAACAUGACGAUUCUCGUACCAACCUUCUCAUGGCUCUGACCAGUACCAUUGACAAUUAUGUCCCCGGCCAGGUCGGUGCUACCGUUGUGAACCACACCCAGGUUGUCGACCUCCUGAAGGACGGCGAAGGCAAGGUUAAUGGAGCAACCGUGGUGGACAAGUGCACCGGUGAGAAGUUUGAUGUUAAGGCUAAGGUGGUUGUGAACUGCAGUGGUCCUUUCGCUGAGAAAGUGCGCCAGAUCGGCAACAACGAUGGCAAGGAAAACAUGUUGCACUCUCGUGGCACGCACAUCAUUUUACCUGCAAGCUAUGCGCCCACUCAGUACGGUAUGGUAAUUCCGAAGACUACGGAUGGCCGUGUUCUGUUUACCCUACCGUGGCGUGGAGAGACCCUUGUGGGUACCACUGACACCAAAGACGAUUUGCAGUGGAACCCUCUACCCAAGAAGAGCGAUGUAGACUUUAUUUGCAAGGAUGCCGCGAUUUAUUUGAACUGCAGUGAGGAGGCGAUUCGUCGUGACAUAAAGUCUGUAUGGUCUGGAUUGCGGCCGCUUCUGAAGGGUCUUGACGACCAGCCUGACAACCAGAAGACCGAUUCGUUGUCUCGUGGACACGUUAUUCAUGUUGACCGACAGAAUAUGGUGAAUGUGUAUGGUGGCAAAUGGACGAUCUGCCGUUUAAUGGCGGAGGAGUGCGUGGACCGUGUCGUGAAGUUGGACCCUACUUUGAAGCCGAAGAGCGCUUGCCGCACCCGGAAUAUGCGCCUAUAUGGUACGCACAACGCCAAUGGUCAGUACCAGCCGCAUGAGAUUCGCCCAUUCUUCAACACCUUAAGUGGGGAGCUGCGUACCGAGUAUCCCGGACUAACUCCUGACCAAGCUAACCACCUUGUUCAAAGUUACGGCUACCAGGCUCGUGAGGUCGCUCGCAUGUCCGCUGAAUCUGGCAUGUUGAAACCUAUCCACCCCGACUACCCGUAUCUGCAGGGUGAGGUUCUUUAUGGCAUUCGCCGGGAGUACGCAUGCACCCCGCUUGACAUUUUGGCUCGUCGUACUCGCCUGGCGUUCCGCGACCACAAGGCAGCAUCUGCAGUGCUGGACUCCGUGUGUGACAUCAUGUCGAAGGAGCUUGCAUGGGACGGUGCACGCCGCAGUGAACUGCGUUCCAAGGCGACUGAGUUCUUCAACUCCAUGGAGAUUCCCGUGGUUUGA